UCUAUUGUGUUUAUAUCAAGUUGCAUAAAUAAGUAAAUUAACUUUAGCCAUUGCAAAAUGGGUUCUACGUGGUUUCAUUUUAUGCAUCUCGUUGACACGUUCUAACCAAUACGGAUUGAAUUCACACUUGUCCAUUAAAUAGCAGAAAUAGAAAUGAGCUCUGGAAAAAGACUAUCGCAAAACCAAAAGAGAAGCUCGUACUCAAAGGUGUCGACUAGAGGAUCCCCCUCCACUUCGAGAAGUACAAGCCCAACUACGUCUAAUGCUUACGGACCCACAUCGGCAGCAAAUGGAGGCCAGUCCUCGUCCGACUCUGAAAAUAUCGACCCGCUCACCGACCUAGAGAAGGAGCUGUUUGAAAUAGUUAACAAUGGGCACCCCCAAGACGUGUACAAUUUUCUUCGACUCAACAAAACUGUGGAUAUUAAUAAACGCGAUAUUGAGGGAUUUAGCAUUUUACAACAUGCAGUUCAAAAUAACGAUGAAGAAAUGGUUGAUAUUCUGUUGAAAGAUAACUUUGUCAUCGAGAUUUCUGACUCCUUGCUUCUAGCUAUUGAAAAAAAUUAUGUUCCAAUUGUAAUCAAAUUUCUAAAGUGGAAGAAACUUAUGCGAGAGCCAAAGAAAGCCAUAAUUACCUCACUAUUUCCCAACAUUAAACUGGACUUGGACUCCUCUUCUGAUUAUUAUGGGGACGCCAUAAGUCCUUAUCUUAUGGCAGCGAUAUGUGGUCAUUAUGAAUUACUAGAACUGCUUCACAAUGCUGGAGAAGAGAUGGGCCAGUUGCAUUUUCCGGCAUGCAGUUGUGAAGAAUGCGGCCCAGCUUCCUCAGAUUUGCAAAAGUCAAACAAGCGCAUUCACAUUUUAAAGGGAUUAACCAGUCCAACGUAUUUGGCAUUUAUGGCAGGAGUGGACAAAUCUUUCGAUCCGAUUCUCAAAGCGUUCGAUCUCGCGAAUGAUGUAAUAACGUGCAUUAAGCAGGAACCAGAGUUCAAGAACGAAUAUGAAGAAAUUUUGGAGAAUGUCAACAAGUUCCCAACAGAUCUCUUAGGGCUUUGUCGAAAUGAAGAGGAAGCGGAAAUAUUACUACAACAAAAAGCUGGGUAUACUGGAAUAUUAUCCCCGUACCCACGACUAAUGUUGGCAAUGGACACUCGACAGAAACAAUUUGUGGCUCAUUAUAAUGCCCAAGAAGUUUUGUACCAACAAUGGGCAGGGGAACUAGGAAAACGGUGGACAGGGGGAGUGCGUAUGAGAAACUUUGUAAUGUGGCUGUGCAUCAUCUUUAGUCCAGUCGUCUCAAUUCUACUCGUCUUUACGUACUUUUAUAAGGAUUCAAGACUUGGAAAAUUUCUUAAAUCUCCCAUCAUCAGAUUUUUUGUAAACACAGUCUCAUAUAUCGUAUUUCUCGUGGUAAUUGUGGUCAUGAAUUCCCAAGAAAAGGCAAGGUCUUAUUUAGGACCCCCAUCGCAUUAUCUUCCAUGGAUAGUGGGGACGUUUGUAUUGGGCCAUUUUGUUAACUUUUUGAAACAUUGGCUGUUUUCCUCAAAACAUUUCAUCUCUUCUGGAUGGAACAUCUUUGAACUAAUCAAUUACAUUUUCUUUGCCACAAGUAUUGGCUGUUGGAUUAAAUUAACGUUUCGAGACGAGGCAUGUCCACACGAGGAGAUUCAUUUUUAUGGGAAAUGUCACACUCUGAAGCGAGAGUGGUUAGAGGCCGAUGAUAUUCUGUUCAUGUCCGAAAUAAGUACGGGCAUAGCCAGCACAAUGGCAGGCUUACGAUUCCUGAAACCGAUUAUACUUGGGGAUACUUUGGGACCAUUGCAAGUAGCUUUGGGAAAAAUAAGCAAAGAUCUUGCAACGUUCUUGGUCUUCUUCAUUGUCAUGAUUCUGUCAUUCUCUCUGGGAUUCCAUCACUUGUAUAAACCUUAUGUUGAUAUUAAGAAGUGUUGCGUGUUGUGCGACUUUGAAUCUGCUACGGAAGCCUUGUCCUGGGCAUUAUUUACAAUGACUGAUGUUUCGAGUCCGGUAAUGCCAGUCAUGAACUUGACUAAUGGAACUGUGUGGUACAAAAAUCAUCACACCUUCACUGAAGGAGUUGGAAAAUUUAUUUUUAUGGGUUUUCACAUAAUAUGUGUCACUUUCCUAAUGACCAUGCUUGUGGGUGUUAUGUCAAGCACAUACACUAAAAUUAUGGAUAACGUCGACAUCGAAUGGAAAUUCGAAAGAUCAAAGCUGUGGAUAUAUUACAUUCAAGACAGUAAAAUCGUAGCUCCAUUCAAUAUCAUUCCGAACAUUCUACUCAUGGGCAGUUUUAUCUUUUUUUCCAAGACUAAAUGGUGCUGCUAUGCGGAGGACAAUGAAACUGAAGAAGAGAGCAAGGCAAGAGAUCAAAGGUACAGAGCACUUAUUCGACGACUCUUGCAGCGUUAUUUCCGUUCAAGAAGCUCGCACGAGUCGAAAGAUCCUCCAGCUGCCAAGGAUGUCAUGCACGUUCAGAAACAAGUCGUAGAACUGAGACAAUUGACAACAAUGACUUUAGACUUUCAUUCAAAUCCAACCUCUACUGUCCAAGUCAACCAGACAUCAAGGCUGUAGCAUACGUAGAAAAGUAAUCAAGUGCAUUAUAAAUACAUGGCAUCAUAAUAGUGUACUUACACUUGUAUUAGGAUGAACUUUAUGAGAUUACGUAAGUAUGUAAAAGUAGUGAAAACUUGUAUAAUUUAUUUACAAUAAGUAAAACGCAAUCAUAAAAUGAGCAAAUGUCUUUGUGUUAAAAACAA